AAUUAACCUAUUUACGUGUUCACGGCCUUUCCCCCGUCGGACGGCGAUUGUGUCGUCGGCCGAAUCCGCCCAAGUCCCGUUUUCAUUCCCACUCGAAUAAAUAAUUUAAAGAGAAAAAAAUCGUUUUACCGUCUUUAUUUUAAAACCGCGUUUGUUUUAUUAAACGAGUCGAGCUUUUAACUCAGUGGCCGGGUUGUUUUUUUAAUACGGGGAGAUUCGUGAUCCGCCAUCAUUGUACUUUCCCCUCGGACAGUGAAGAACCCGUCCCCUUGUUUUAAACAACAACAAAAAACGGUUUUUCCACUGUGAAAUCCGCGUUUUCCUUCGUAUAAUAUUCCAAGAGAAAUCCGGAUCCGCCCGUUCUGUUAAAAAAUGUAAAAAUCCACCUGUGAAACCUUCGCUCGGACGAGGUUUUCUCGGUCGGUGACAGUUCGAAAGGCAGCUUCGUUUUCCUCUAUGAAAACGUCUUCGGACCGUUUGAUCCUUCCAGGGUGUCCCUUUGUAUUUAAAAACGAUCCGAAAUGAGCCCUAAGGGUGUGAAGGCGGCCGCGAAAAGGGCCCCGUUGAAGCCCAAGUCGACGAGAGGGACGAACAACAACUUACUCAAAGAUCCGUUGGAAACAGAAUCGAAAAAAGAAGAUUUGAAGGAAAACGAGAUCGCAAAGGACAAAUCGCCCGUGCAGAUGACGAGGGCGAGAAAGCCGCGCGCUGCCAAAGGAGAUCCACCGAAGAAACCAACACCCAAGAAAGCCAUAAAAAAGAAGAUGUCUGUGGGAGCAACGGGAAGUAAAAAGGUAAACCCUGAGAGCCCUGGGAGCGUUAGCAACGAUGAAGAGAAUAAAUUCACCCAACAGGCGAAAUGUGGUUACUGUAUGACAACAUUCAAAUCUAUCGUGGGCGUUAAAAUACAUGAGAAGAAAUGUAAACUGAAACCCACAGAAAACGGCGAAGCUAGGAUCUCAGUGGUAAAAACAACCCAAUUACAGACGAAUGGCAUCAAAUCAUCUGUGGUGAACAGAGAGCCGUGUACUAAUGGAAUGGACCAAUCUUCAUCGCAAGAAGUCCAAAAUGGUGUAGAGAUGAUGUUAAAUGACAAAGAAUAUGAGAGAAAUACACCAUCCCAACCCUUUGAUCAAAUGAUAGUAAAACUUGAUGACAGUCUCUGCACAUGCUGCGGCGAAAAUUUAGAGACAGCUCAUAUCUCUGGUGAUUUUGAAUGUUACGAAUGUAAGAAGUUUUUCCUUUUGAAAUCGUCACUCGAGCGACACAUCAAGACGAUACAUCAAGGAGAUAGCCACAAAUGCCCCCAAUGCGGUGCAAGGUGUCCCGACAAAGGGACUCUUGCUAGACAUAUGUACACACACACAGGCCUUAAACCCUAUUCCUGCCCUGUUUGUAAACAGGAAUUCAGCAGGAAAUAUCAUCUAGUUAGGCACAAUAUGCAAACUGGUUGUGAUGGGAAGGAAAAGCCCAUUUUCCCUUGUCAGGUAUGUGGUCGUGAAUUUAAUAGAAAAGACAACCUCAGGGAACAUCUGAGAGCACAUGCAGGCCAGACCAAACGUAAAAAGCUGUUCUCAUGCGAUUUUUGUGGAAUGGAAUUUUGUGGAACCAACCUCCUUCAAAUCCACAAAAAAACACAUACUGGGGAGAAGCAUUACGUCUGCGAUUUCUGUCCGAAAAGAUUUCCGACAAGUGGCGCAAUGAAGAAACACAGAAGAACUCACACUGGUGAACGACCGUACGAAUGUGAUACUUGCCACAAGCGUUUUGCUGCAAAAGAAACUCUAAACAGGCAUGUUCGCAUUCACACUGGCUACAAGCCGCAUUGUUGCAAUUAUUGCGGAAAACGUUUCAUCCAGUCUUCACAGCUUCGGUCCCAUCUUUUCUAUCACACUGGGCAAAAUGUUUUACAGCAGAACGAAGCGUUUGUAUGCGAAUUGUGUGGAAAGAAGUUUAAUAGAAGAGCGCGUCUGAACGAACAUGUGAAAUAUGUUCAUCUAGGGGCUAAACCGUUUGAAUGCGACCAUUGCAGUAAAACAUUUAUAAGGAAAGAAGAUUUAAAUAGGCACUUGAUCAUUCAUUCUGGUAUAAAAGCACACCAGUGCCCAAUUUGUAGCAAGUCUUUUGCCAUGAAAUCUUCCCUCAAAGUCCAUCUUUUAACACAUACCAAAGAACCUCCGAGGUCGUGUGACGAGUGUGGAAGAGCUUUCAUUAGGCAGGACUGCCUGCUCAGGCACAUGAGGAACAAACACAGAGACAUGCUGGAAGAAAUCAGAUCGGAGGCUGAAAAGAAAAAACUCCAGCAACAAUUGCUCCAGGUGGCAGCUGAGGCGAGUAUAGUUGAAGGGCUGGAAGACAGGGCUGAACUGGACGAAAAAGGAUUAACCGAUGCUGUAAGGGAAUUGUUGACGUUGCUCGUGGAUGAGGCUACUUUAAGAGGCCUAGGUUGGCCGGAAGCCGGCGUUGAAGCUUUGCUCGAAGCCGUCAUAAGACGAUGCGGUCACGAACCAGCUUCGUUGUCAAUUCCUCAUCACGAACGUCUCAGGCACAACAUCAAGUUACUCUUCACCGUUGUCAUCGAUGACUCAGCUGUCAAAGCACUACUCAACAACCAAUCCGUCGAUGAAGUAAUACUCCAUGUACUCAGAUUAGCCAAAUCAUAACUCGUUCAAGUUAAUUUGACUCAAGAAAGCUUUAAUCUGGAUUUUGUUUUUCAAGCGAAAAUAAUUGUAAAUAUAUAUAUUAAUUUGUUUUUAAAUCUAAUUUUAUUUCAAUACAAAAUAUAACUUUUUUGUAACUCGCUGAUUUCUAUAAUUGUAUCAAUUAAUAUAUUAAGAGUAUCUUUUUUGUAAAAUAUAUAUAAUUGUGAUAGAAUUUACCACUGACUGUUUUUACUUUCUUUAGCACAACAUAAAACAAAAUAUGUUUAUCAAAUUAUACAAUCGACAACAAUUAAUUU